AUGGCCAGGAAUAGCCAAAAAGAACUGCAAGAAUCCCUAUGGUGGAGAUUACUGGAAUUCAUCAAAAGUCUGAUAUUCCAUCGCAGAAAACCUGGUACAGCGGACUCUGUCCUAUUCAGAUUACCUGAAUGCCUAGUCCGCGAAAUCUUCGAGCUCCUCUCACCAGUCGACCAAGUCUGUUUUUUUAUCAGUUGCAAGCUACUUUUUAAUCUUUUUAACUCAACUUAUAAAGAAUUCACUUUUCCACGCCAUUUACACAUCAAAAUACCCCAUUUAUGUCUAAAUUGGCCGGAUAUACCACGAAAUAUGCUUUUAAUUAGACUUGAAAAUACUCGUUGGGUAUUUUGCAGUGCAUGUUUAAAGUUACAUCCACGAAAAGAGUUCGACAGAUUAUCACUGAGAGAACCAUCUUUAAAGAGACGUUGCAUGGUUUGGGCUGGUAUAGUUGAUCUAUGUCCAUGUCUCUCAUUAACUUUCCGUGAUCGAGAACAGCUUGUGCAGUUACUUAAAAAUCUACUGGAAUUACGACUUUUGAAUUUAUUACAGGCCGCUGGAGAAUGUCUUUUACAUGAAUGUUGGGUUGCCAAUGAUGCCUAUCAAACUCAUAUUCAAAUGAUAUUAUAUUUUUCGGAAUCGGAUUCCGAAAAUUUGAUUAUAAAGGCUCGAUAUACCAUUCACAUAACGCCACCGCGAUACACUCCUUCGAACCCUGAUACUGAGAUUUUCGCAUGCCCUCAUAUUGAGCUUUUAUCCUUCAUAGAACUAGAUCGGGAAUAUGACUACUGCUGGACUUGCGAAAGCCAAAUAGAAAGACAUCCCGAAUCCCGCCCCAAUACAGUAUUUAUAGAUGUUAUUCGGCCAUUAGGAAGCUCUAGCUGGCCAGCAGACAAAAAAUGGUUUCAGCAAUGCCGGAUGAUUACUUAUCUCAAUUAUCAAAUUUUUUGGCAUCGAACUCAGAAAUUUUGGAUUAAGCUUCCCAAGAUCAAAUACUAG